AUCCAUUAUAUCAUCAUUAAUUAAUAAGCAAGUAUUGUAACAUUAUCCCCACAAAUAUCCAUUAUAGUGUCUUCAUCAAUUCGAUGUAAACUUCUUUUGUUCAACUCAACGUCAAUAUUUAUGUAAUUAGACUUACAUGUUUUGAUGUUUUCUCAUAGACAUAAUUAACUACUAAUUAAUACCAUCAUUAACUCCUAUUAGCUUCAUGAUGCUACCACAAAUACAUACAAAAGUACAAACCCCCACCAAAUUGAUUAAUUAAACAAUUUCAAGGAGUCAAUUGAAAUCUUCCCCCAAGACAUUUGGAAUCUCCCGCACAAGAACAUGGGUCCCACUCAGCUUUCCUCGAGAGAUUUCUAAAUUGAAAAAGAAAAACCAAGAACACAUAUCAAACAAAGCUACAUUGGAUUAUCAACUGCCAUUUCUGUGGCUUUCACGUUAAGCCUUGAAAUACGCGUGAAAAACAGAGGCCGGUUUCUCCUUUUCCCCCAUUUUCUUUUUGUUUCCCAGGAAAAUUGAAGCUCAAGCGAGGAACUUUUCCUCUAUUUCAUUCAUUUCCCAGAUAAGUUAUCUUCUCAAAGAUCCUUCCUUUUCCUUCCGGUUCACGCAAUUCGCUGCAGUAGAUUGUUUCCAUCUUUGCUUUUGCUUUCUCUGAAACCCCCAUUUCAGAAGCGAAUUCCUUCAUUUCCUCUGUUUCUCCGAAUUGGGAUUUGUUAAUUUCGUUCGCACAAGCGACCAACAAAUCCUGGUUUGGAGAGGAAGGAACCCUUUUGAGAUUUGAAGGGAAAAGUUGAGAUUUUGGGAGUUGGGUGGUGGAGAAAUUGUGUUAAGUUGGGUGGCUUUUUGACCCGUACGGGAAACCUAGGUUCUUGAAUUCAUUCAUGAUAUGUUUCUGUAGUAGUAGUAUUACUAAGCUCCGAAGUUCUGGAUACUAUAAAGUUCUAUCUAUCCAUUAGUGUGGGAUUCUGGUCUCUAGCACUGUGGAUAACCUUGAUUGCAAUGAGAAAGCAACAACAGCAGAAGCAGCAGCAGCAGCAGCAACAGAACGGCAAAGCAAGAGGAAUCAGUAGCCCUAAGUCCCCCACAGUGGACAAAGAUGAAGAAGUCUUCAUUUCCCUCUCCCAUGAGCUCAAAAAUGAAGGCAACAAGCUCUUCCAGAGGAGAGACCACGAUGGAGCUCUUCAGAAGUACGAGAAGGCCAUCAAACUGCUUCCGAAAACCCACAUCGAUGUAUCUCACCUGAGGAGCAACAUGGCAGCCUGCUACAUGCAGAUGGGGGUAAGCCAGUACCCUAGAGCGAUAGACGAGUGUAACCUGGCUUUGGAGGUCACACCGAAGUAUGGCAAGGCGUUGCUCAAGAGGGCGAGGUGCUACGAGGCAUUGAAUCGCCUCGACUUGGCCUUGAGAGAUGUUGGGACAGUGUUGAAGAUGGAGCCUGCAAAUGUGAUGGCGUUCGAGGUUUGGGAGAGGGUGAAGAAGUCGUUGGAGGAGAGAGGGCUCAAGGUUAAUGAUACAUCGAUCGAGUUGCCUGCUGACUAUGCUGAGCCAAUUCCAAAAGCCCCUAAAGAGAGGACACCGAGGAAGAAGAAGAACGGGAAGAGUGAUGAAAAGAAGUCUGAGGAUGGGAAUGAAGAAGCUUUGGUUGUGGUAGAGCAUAGACCCAUGAGGAGCAUGAAAUUGGUGAUGAGAGAGGAUAUAAGAAUGGCUCAAGUUCCUGUGAACUGUAGUCUUCUGGAGCUGAAGGAAGUGGUGUGUGACCGGUUUCCUGGUUCUGGCCCAGUCCUCAUCAAAUACAAGGAUCAAGAAGGAGACUUGAUUACCAUAACUACUGAUGAAGAGCUCCGGUUAGCUGAAGCAUGUUCAUCACCACAAGGUGGCUCGUUCAGGCUGUAUCUGGUGGAGAUCAAUCCUCAACAAGACCCGAUUGUGGAAAGACUCAAGCAUGGUGGAAUGAAGAGAGUUGACACCAAGACAUGGAACAUGGAGAGAGAUAGAGAGGUCAAGAAGGGGAUGCGCUACAUCGAUGAAUGGAUUGUAGAGUUCGCUAAGCUGUUUAAAGACCAUGUGGCACUCGAUACAGACUCCUAUUUCGGGCUCAAUGACCUCGGUAUAAAGGUCUAUUCGGAGGCUAUUGAGGAGACUGUGACUAGUGAGGAAGCACAGGGGUUGUUCAACACAGCAGCUGAGAAUUUCCAGGAGAUGGCGGCUUUAGCGUUGUUCAACUGGGGGAAUGUUCACAUGUCGAGAGCUAGGAAGAAGAUAGAGUUCAAAGAUGAUGCCUCUCGAGAGGCAAUGCUUGAGGGAAUCAUUGUGGCAUUCGAAUGGACAAAGAAGGAGUACUUGGAGGCGGGGGAGAGGUAUGCUGAAGCACUGAGGAUCAAACCAGACUUUUACGAGGGUCUUCUGGCUUUAGGGCAGCAGCAGUUUGAGAGGGCAAGGCUCACUUGGUACUAUGCCCUCAGCUGCAAAGUUGACUUGUCAAAUUGGUCUUAUACCGAGGUCAUAGAACUGUAUAACAGUGCUGAGGGAAAUGUGGAUAAAGGGAUGGAUAUGUGGGAAGCUGCGCAAUCUCAACGGAUUACCCAUCUCACGGACAGAACCAAGAUUAAGCCUGUGCUACAAGGCACAAUUUUGGAUGAGCUGUUCAAAGACACAUCGCCAGAAGAUGCUGCUGUACGGAUUAAGGAUCUGAGGUCACAGAUGAAUCUCCUACGUGGCACCAUUCUCUACGAGAGGUCCAUGAUGGAGUACAGAUUGGGGAUCCCAGUUUGGCAAGAGUGCUUGGAAGUUGCACUCGAGAAGUUCCAGCUGGCUGGAGCUUCGGCUACUGAUAUUGGUGUGAUGAUGAAGAAUCACAUCUCGAAUGAUAGUUCAAUGGAUGGAUUGGGGUUCAAGAUUGAUGAGAUAAUACAGGCGUGGAAUGAUAUGAAUGAAGCCAAGAAGUGGCAGAGUCAUGUGUACUCGUUCCGUUUAGAGCCGUUGCUAAGACGUAGGGUUUCGAAGAUCUAUCAUGCCUUGGAGGUCUCGUGAUCAUGUUCUCAAAACUUCUGACAGGAUCCAUUAGUUACUUGUGUACUAAGGUAUCGGUUAUUAUCUCUCUCACCCGCUCUCUACAAUGCAAUCUCUAUGCAGUGUCUAAAAACCAUUUCCUCCUUGCAGGGUGUGUUUAAUUAGACCUUUGGACUUGGUUAGGGAAGAAGUGACAACAAUUAUAGGGGAUUUUGUUGUGUGCAGAUUUCAACUUUGUAGAAGAUAGGCUCUCAUUCUGAAUACAACCUCGCGGCACGAGGAAAAGAAGCUGGCAAGUUGUUUGCAGUUUUUAGCUCCCUCACUUUGCAUAGCCUCACAACUUGUUCAUUUAGUCUAACCAUCAGGAACAAUGGGUGUUCUAUUCGUUAUUCAUUCAAAGUUGUCAUCCAAAUAAGCGGUGUUUCGCUUACCUUUGCCCUUGUUGUUUCGUAAGGUGUCCUUAAUAGUCUGAAAGUCAUCUAUGUUUGUAGAAUACUAGGAUAUUUGUUCUGUAUGUAAUCUCCAUAGUUAUAUAGUCCCAAAUUUGCAAAUCUCUGUUUCCCAAUCUGGUUAAGAAGAAGCUGUAGUAGAACCUUGGUCAGUGUUAGAAGGAAUUUUGAGGGACAAACUUGGAAUUUUUGCUAUACUGGAAAUGUUAUAGGAAUGAUGGUUCUUGUUCUUGAGCUCUGUCCUAUCUAGGUUGAUGCUUGUUCCAUUCUGACGCGCCAAUAACCGCAGAAACUAGCA